AUGGCAUACAGCCGCUUUCGGCAACCAUACCUUGACGACGGUGACAUGGGACCGUACCUGCCCGCUUUCAACGACGAAGAUGGAGUACCGCUGUACGAAGCUCCCUACCAGGAUCUUUUGGCUGACAUUUUGACAAACAAUGAUGUGGCCUCUCUCCAUUUGUAUAAUGAUAGCGCCAACACGAGGGUCUUUUGGGAAGAAUACGAGACGUACUACUAUCAUCCGCCCCUGCUGGAGAUUUAUCUGGCGGAUUCGACGCUCACGGAACCCAUCGACCAAUAUCUCGUGCGCAAUCAGAGUUCUCCAAUCAAUGAUGCCUGCGCGGCUGCAAACCAUGAGGUAAUGCUCUGGUUGCUACACCAUGAUCCGCCGUUGGGGACGUUGCAUGACCGAUCGCGGUACAUGGGGAAACACCCCUGUUCAGCGCGGCUAAAGCACUGGGACAAAUCCAUUAUAAGGGUUCUCUCGGUACGGUCGCCUCCGGACAUGAAAAUCGAGAUCAAAUUGCACGCUUAG